CCAGUGUAGGAGGAGGGAACUCAGUUUGGGCUGGAAGAAUUUAAGGGUGUGUACAUGACCACAGAUUUCACUCGACAUUUACCUUUCUGGACAGGGUUCAGGUGUUCACUCAGGUGUUCUAACAGAAAGAGAAAUGAGUGUGUGAAGCCUUUACUUCCAGCGUUCUGUUUUCACAAAGUCCAAACCCACAGAAACAGAGAGGGGCAUUGCGUUGAGCUGAAGGUGUUUGAGCUCUGUUCCUGAGGCCUGAAGAUGCUGCAGCAGAUAUUGGUUGACAUGUACAUCCAGCCGGAGCUGCUGGCCGAGCUGAAUGAGGAACAGAAACAGAUUCUGUUCUUUAAGAUGAGAGAAGAACAGAUCCGGAGAUGGAGAGAGAGAGAGACGCAGCUGGAGAAGGAGGAAGCUGCACGUGUUAAAGUCAAAAAAGUUUCAGGAAAGACUGUGUCGUGGAUAAAGGGUCUAGAUGAUGACGUGUGGGUUUGGGUGAUGGGAGAACAUCCUGGUGACAAACCCUACGAUCAGAUCUGUGACGAGAUCAUGGCUGAGAGAGCAGCACUGCAGGCCCAGAGAGAGGCCGAGAAGCUCCGGGCUAAGAAAGAGGCUGAGCUGGAGAAGCGCUUUUCUGGACUGUAUCUCGAACCGGAGCAGGUUGUGUUGUCAGAGCAGGAGGUCCAGCAGAAGGAGCAGAGGAGAGCGGAGGAGGAACUCAAGGUACUGCUGCCACACAAACACAAACCCUUUUGCUUUAAACAAAUGAAGAAGCAAAUCUUCUGGGUCUGUCCUGACCUGGAGGCCUUUGUUUGUCAGAAACUGGAGUUGGAGGAGAGGCGUAAGGCUGAGGAGGAGCUGAGGAGGCUGGAGCAGGAGAGGAAACAGCAGAUUUACAUCAGCCUGAAGGAGGUGCAGGGCAGUAAACACACUCGUGACGAGCAGGACAAGGAGUGGCAGAAGACAUUGCAGAAGUCAAAAGCUGCAGACACGCGCAGACGAUCUCUAGCCAAGCAGACUAUCGAGGACCACCGCAGGCGCUCAGUUAAAGCUCUGGAAAGAGGACGUGUAGAGGCCAUGACAAAGGCCUUCGGCAGCACCGAUUUAACCACUCCACCCAAACCCAAACCCAGAAACAGCAGCAGUGCUAUCAGUCGGAAGGGUGGUAUGCGGCGCUCACUGUCAACGUCUAGCCGAGACCAUAUUAUUCGCUGGUUCAAGGAGGAACAGUUGCCGCUCAGAGCAGGAUUCCAGCGCGACCAGAGCCGAAUCGCAUCCUGGUUUCACGGUAUAAUAUCUCGUGAACAGGCAGAGGUGCUAUUGAAGGAGGGCGAGCCUGGGGACUUCCUGGUGCGUGUUAGCGAGAGGAUCUUUGGAUAUGUGCUUUCCUACCGAUCCAGUGAGGGAAUCAAGCACCUGCUGAUUGAUGCUUCAGAGAACUGCUACAUGCUGCUGGGAGACCAGAUCAGAUUCAGCUCGCUCACUGAACUGGUGGAAUAUCAUCAGGUAGAGCCGCUGAGCUCGUCUGGAGUGGAGGAGUGUCUGCGGCACGCGUGUGGACAGAAAGCAGCUGCAGCAGAUUAUGCAGAACUCUUCACCUGAACUCCAACCAACAGAAGAGUGCAGAACCUGUGCCUUACACGGUCAUCAGCACUGCAAAUACACUAACACUGAUAAUAACUGCAAACCAACAUGCCUGCGAUUCUUUUACAGGCAUUGUCACAUUUCAUAAGCACCCCUGUUUAAAAGUAUUACAUUUAUCUGAAGUUUAAAUCCAACAUUAAAAAUGAUUUUCCAUCCCAAAACACCAGCCUGUUCCUU